UAUACCUAGGCUAGUACUCGCGGAAUCGACCGGACCCCAUAAACGAAGAUCCGUCGGCCGCGCCUCCCCGCCGCCGCAGCUAUCAGCGACUACGAGCUUUCGAUUUUAAAUAGGCACCGGACGUCGGUAUCAGCUAGGUUGUGAAGAUGGCUGACAAAAGGAAGGACCCAAAUUCACUUUCUAACAUAUCAAGCAUCAUAACCAGGCACAUUUCAAUUAUUUGGAAUAUUGAUUUCACAGAGAAAAUAUUUUCUGGUGAUGUGAAGUUAUCAUUAGAAACAUUGCAAGACGGCGUUGCAAAUUUGGUAUUGGAUACAAGCAGCGGCCUAUGUGUGUCAGAGGUCACUGAUGAUGCAACAGGAGAGAAGUUGACCUUUGAAGUGAAGGAACCUACGGGAGCUCUGGGAUCGCCUCUCAGCAUCAGACUACCAUCCUCUGCUCAGUUGAAGGGAUCAAAGUUGUGCAUCAACAUAAACUACAAGACAUCUUCCUCAGCCUCUGCUAUUGGUUGGUUAGACCCUUCACAGACAGCUGGCAAGCAGUUUCCUUACCUCUACAGCCAGUGCCAGGCCAUCCAUGCCCGCAGUCUCCUUCCAUGUCAGGAUAGCCCUUCAGUCAAAGCAACAUAUGAUGCUAAGGUGACUGUUCCACGUGAUCUUGUCUGUUUGAUGAGUGCAGUGAGAGCAGGAGAAGAACCAUGUGAAUCAGAUAGUUCCCUCAAGACCUAUGCCUUCACACAGACUGUCCCAAUGCCAAGCUAUCUUAUAGCCAUUGUAGUUGGGGCAUUGGAAAGCAGACAAAUAGGGCCAAGGUCCAGAGUUUGGUCAGAGAAGGAAUUUGUUGACAGAGCAGCAUAUGAAUUUAGUGAGACAGAAACCAUGCUUGCUACAGCCGAGGCUUUGCUUGGUCCGUACGUCUGGGGCCAGUAUGACCUCCUUAUCUUGCCCCCAUCCUUCCCUUAUGGUGGUAUGGAGAACCCCUGUCUCACCUUUGUCACACCCACCCUGCUGGCAGGGGAUCGGUCCCUGGCAAAUGUUGUAGCACAUGAAAUCAGCCAUAGCUGGACUGGUAAUCUGGUAACCAACUGCAGCUGGGAACACUUCUGGUUGAAUGAAGGCUUCACUGUCUUCGCAGAGAGGAAAAUUAUUGGACGGAUGAACAGUGAGAAGCAUCGUCAGUUUGCAUUCAUUGGAGGCUGGAAGGAUCUCUACAAUUCGGUAACAAAGUACGGUGAAGGUCAUGAGUUCACACGGCUGCUACCACCACUAGAGGGCGGCAUUGAUCCAGAUGAUGCAUUUUCAAGUGUUCCUUAUGAAAAGGGGUCCUCUUUCUUGUUUUAUCUUGAGACUCUUGUUGGAAUAGAUGAGUUUGAAGGAUAUCUGAAGGCCUACAUUGACAAAUUCAAGUACACAAGUCUCACAACUCAAGAUUGGAAGGAUUUUCUUCUUGAAUACUUCCAUGAAAAGGCAGCAGCAGGUGUCUUUGACUGUGUGGAAUGGGACAAGUGGUUCUUUGCUCCUGGAAUGCCACCUGUUAGACCACAAUAUGAUACAAGUCUAGUGGAUCACUGUACAAAGCUGUGUGAACGAUGUAGUCAGGCAGGUGAAGGUGACUUUGAGAAUUUCUCCUCCAGUGACCUUGAAUCAAUGUCACCAGCUCAGAAAAUGGAGUUUCUUGCACAACUGUUGCUGAAGCCUGCCUUGACUACCAAUCGUAUCCAAGAAAUGCAAAGAGUUUAUGACAUGGACAAAUACACCAAUGCUGAAAUUCGUUUUAGGUGGCUGAGAUUGAGAAUAAAGGCUGGGGAUGAAUCUGCCAUUGAUGGAGCUCUAAAUAUGGCAACAGAGGCUGGACGUAUGAAGUUCACCCGAGUCCUCUUUAGGGACUUGUAUGCAUUCCUACCUGCACGUCAAAAGGCAGUAGAUACAUUCCUGGCAGAAAGACACAACAUGCAUCCGAUUACUGCUAAAACUGUUGCAAAGGAUCUGGAAGUCGCAUGAUCCUCUUUUUCUUUCAGCUUCCAUGGUUGUGUAAUAUUCUGCUGUUUGGAUGUAUACAUUCAUUAUGGCCACUUAAUUCAUAUCAAGAAUAUGACAAUAUAGUUGUCUAUCAUUUGCAUCUUAAUGUAGAUCAUCAUUUUACAGAAUUUAUCAUCAUCCUACUCAGGAUGUCUUUGUAAUUUUGCAAUUAAAAUGCAAGUACCGGUAGGUUUACAAUAUAAUUGAACUCAACUAUGCAAGACAAUAUGAAUCGUUACCCAAUAUGCUUCAAGUAUAUCUUUGAUAGAUACGUCCAUUACUAGAAUUCUUUUUAAUAAAAUCCAUUUAUUGUAUUUUUAAAGUACUCAGAAUUUUGUGAAGCAUUUCAUAACUUAUCAACUUUUAUCAUUUUCCACUUCUCUACUUUGGUCUGAAAAUUAUUUAUAGUUUGAUGUGUAGUAACAAUAUCAUAAUAGCAAUCAUAAUUUUGUUUAGUUUAAACCAUGUCUUUCUAACUUAGGCAUUCUAUAUACCAUAUAGAGUUUUCUGUCAUGUAGAUGAAUAAUGUAAUGCAUUAAGGUGUAUAUUUCCUCCUCUUCAUUUUACCUGUAUAUGAGAUGUUACUUACAUAGAACUGAAAUAGCAGAUGGGAUGUGUAUUUUGUCCGAAAUUUUCAUUAAAUAUUGCUUUGAAUAAUCUUAAAUGCAAAGUAUAUGCAUUUAUUGCAUAUUAAAUUCAACAGCCAUUAUCACUGUAUAAUGAGCAUUUUUUUCAAAUCGGCAUCGGCAAGUCUUUAAUUACCAUGCACAUUUAAUAAUUUAUAAGAAAUAUUCAAGAAGCAAAAUUGAAGGAUAUUAUAAUACUGGGUAUCGUAUGCUGUUUGAAUUUCAACCAUGGGCUUUGAAUUCCACAUACUCCUUUUGUUUAGCUUUGUGUUGAAAGAAACGUCCAAAUACUAUUGCCCCCAAGCUUCACCCCCUAUGGUCAUACCACAUAUACUAUGCAGUAUGUACUAUCCAAUCAAAGUAUUACAAUCUUAUGUAAAAUGAAUGCAACAGUCGUGAGUACCGUACUCUAAUAACAAAAUAUAAUAGUCAAUGCACGUAUAUUCAUAUAGAUUGUGUUAAGUAUCACUUAUGAAGUGCCUCAAAAGGGACAAUGCCUCGUUCUAUAAAUCCGACCUGAAUAGCAAGUUGCAUGCAGAAAGCAGAAAAAUAUGAGAAGCGGUCGGAGACAUUGGUGAAAGUUUAAAGAAAACCAGAUGGAUGUUAAUAAAGUUAGUUUUAAAAGAAAAGAGAUCUUUAUGCAUAUUAGAAUUUCAUAUUGGCCAAAAAGAUUGUAAUGUCAAUGUGGUGUCAUGUCUGAUAAUUAUCUUCUUAUUUUUAUUGUGACUAAUAUGCCAAUUUUGAGAUUCACAUGUUUUGCAAUCUGAGCUUCCAAACGUAACUUUCUGAACACUUGUUUAAUUUCUUUUUAAUGUCAUGUUCCUCUUAUUUUCUGCUCUUACACAAGAGAGUCAACUUGUUACUUAGAAAUAGCCAUCAUAUAUGGGGAAUUAUUUUAAUAAAGCAUAGUCUUAGUGGAGCAACUGUUAAUACAAGAGACUGGAGCUUUUGGUCUUCAUGUUACUAAUGUUCAACUCUUGUACAACUCUAUGUCUCGCCAUUGGAGUAGAUUCAUAUAGUCCCAUGCUUUUAUUUACUGUCAUCUUUAUUGAGUUGAGAUCUUUAAUGUUGAAGGUCUAGUUUGAUUUCCUCAGAAAUGCUAUUCCCAUUGAAUUCAUAAAGACUAAGCUGCUGCAGCAUACUCGGAGCACAUACAAAUGACCAAACACAUGCAUUUACCAAAGACAUCAGGAGCUGUUAAUAUUCAUAAAAUGUUGCUAGACCUGGUUGUCAACUAAUGAGUUGAUGGUAUAUGUAAUCAAAAUCUCCCUUAUUAAAGUUUUAUUGAUUACUCUUUUCUCAGUUUUCAGAGGAAAAGAAAUAAGAUUUUAAGUCAAAUGGAAUGUAGUUUUCAUUAUUCUAUUGAUUACAAUCAAUCAAUGAUAAGUCAUUGUUUUCAAGUAUUUCAUGAAAUGAAAACAUGUACCUUUGUGUUUUUCUUUUAAACUCUUUUGUUUUCUCCUAUUUCCUUGGAAGUAAAACUGUCAACUAGAAUUUGAAUGUAUCAAAAUGUCUGUCUGAAAGCAGAUGCCAAACUACAAUAUCAUGUUGAUACUAUUUGAUGACAAAUUUAGUCAAUAAAAUUAUUAAAAUUA